AAGCUUCUAGCAGCAUUACCAGGCUCUCUUCCUUCCUUCUUCGUAAGAGCUGCUUCUCUCCGCCUAAUCUCUUCAUCUCCUACCUUUCCUUUUUAGCAAUAAAACCUUUACAAAAGCAGAAAUCAAGGCUUUGCAAUGAGGCCUGCCAUGUCACUAGUCAACCUCCUUUUGCUUUUCCUCCUAUUCAACGACACAGCUGAAGGCAUUCGCCUGGAACAGCACUCCUUGGUAUCUAUCCACAGGAUUAGCACUCAGGAGGCCUAUCUCAGGGGAGGAGCUAGAAGUUCAGAGGAAGAAGUUCUUUGUAGAGAGGGAGAAACUUGCUCAGGGUGGAAUAAUAGAAAAAUGAUGAUGAUAAAGACGAGAGAAGCCACGGCGUCAUCACCAAAGAGCGAAGGCGUCAAGGAAAUCAAAGGCAACAGUGAUCAGAGCCCUGACAAGGAGAGUACUUCGCCGGAGAGCUACCCCGACAUUUUAGACAUCGCCGGAAUGGAUUAUUCUCCGGCGAAGAAGAAGUCUCCAAUCCAUAACUAAAGGAUGUAUGAAUGAAUGAAAGAAAGCUUUGACUUAGGAGUGUAGAUUAAUAUUUAUAGAUUAGUAGGCCUUUGAGCAGCAGAAAUACUGGAAAUUAUGCAGUUUUUUGGGGGGCAUUGCCCCAUUUUGUAAGAAAUUGUAACUUUGUAACUUAGAACAUAUUAUAUAAUUUAUCAUUUUUAUA